CCCACCAACAAUAAUCAUGCCAAUUCAACGGCCUGCGGCCGCGGGCGACAUACCAUGGAACACUUCAACAGUAUUCUUGGGAUUAUUGGUCCUACGCAUCCUCAACGCAUUGACCAUCAAAACAUUCUUCCAACCAGAUGAAUACUACCAGUCCCUCGAGGUUGCACACAAGAUCGUUUUCGGGUACGGGUACACAACGUGGGAGUGGGACGAGGGCAUACGGAAUCCGCUUCAUCCCGCUGUUCUUGCGGUGUUGUAUAAGGUUCUCAGUGUUGUUGGUGUUGAUACACCGGAUGUCGUGGUUGUUGCGCCAAAGGUUUUGCAGGGGGUAUUCGCGGCCGUUGGGGAUUUUUAUACGGUUAAGCUUGGAAGGAAGAUGUUUGGGGAGCGUGUUGGGCGAUGGACGCUCUUCUGCACCGUCACUUCGUCGUGGAAUUGGUUCUGCUAUACACGCACCUUUUCGAACUCCCUCGAGACGGUAUUGACGGCAUGUGCCAUGUACUACUGGCCAUCAUUGCAAUCGACAAAGACGAAUGCUUCUGCUGUCCUUGCUUUAGUCCUUGCAGCCGUCGCUUGUGUGAUGCGACCAACGAACGCCUUGUUGUGGGUGUGGUUGGGAGGGCAUAUCAUGCUCAACAGUCCCCACAGGGUCUUCUUCAUGGUCCAGGCUGCUUUAGUGGGAGUCUUGGCUAUCGGACUGAACUUUGUCAUGGAUUCACUGUACUAUCAGCGUCCAGUCUUCACCCCUUUCAACUUCCUCCAGUUCAACCUCGUGGAAGGAUUAUCGGGUUUCUACGGAUCCUCGCCGUGGCAUUAUUAUCUCACGCAGGGACUCCCGCUCCUGCUUACCGCUUUCCUGCCCUUUACGGUUGUGGGAUUGGUUAGGUAUGCGAGUGCCGAGCAUGUUGGACUUGUGGUGUGGGUGGUAGGGUGUUACUCUGUGAUCGGGCAUAAGGAAUGGCGGUUUUUGUACCCGUUGUUGCCGUUGUUGUUGGUGUACACAUCUGUGUCGAUAUCUCGACUAUCAAGGCGGACAAAGGGUCGAGUCGUGCCGAUUGUCGUUUUACUGAAUGUGGUGGUCGCGUGGUAUGCUGCGCAGGUUCAUCAACGAGGGGUGAUAGACGUGAUGGACUACUUGAAAAACGAACCUGAUGUUCAAUCGGUUGGGUUUCUGAUGCCUUGCCAUUCUACACCUUGGCAGAGCCAUUUGCACAAUCCUGCUUUGGAUGAUGCGUCGUGGUUUCUUACUUGUGAGCCACCGUUGAGGUUUUCAAUAGAUGAGAGGAAGACGUACAGAGAUGAAGCGGAUCGGUUUUAUGAUGACCCAGCUGGGUUUUUGAGAGAGAACUUGGAUGAGGUUGGGGGUUUAGCAUGGACAAGUCAUUUGGUCUUUUUUGAGGUGUUGGAGGGGUUUGUGAAGGAGUAUACGGAGGGGAGUGACUACCGGGAGUGUGCACGGUUCUUCAACACACAUUUCCAUGAUGAUAGGAGACGGACGGGGGAUGUGGUUGUUUAUUGCAGAACGUGACACUGACAGAUGAGGAAAUUGAAACGAGACGGGAGGCAGCAUUGAUCACGCCGGCGGGCGAAAGAAGUCUCUUACGAUGGACCCAGCUGGUUCUAUCCAACCCCGCAUCUGGGGAUCGGAACCCAGAAUGCGAGAAAGAUCAGCAGAACAGCCAAGACUCGUCCCCUUUAGUGUACCGGCGUAAAGCCAGAAGUAUACUUGGGCAAAGAUCGUCUAUCGACACCUAGUAGUAGGGUAUCAGGGCAUAAGGGGAAUAUCAAACACGCAAAAACCGAGUGAAGAGAUGUAUGAGGUAUGGUAGCGCUGAAUACAGGGUGAUAAUGGGAAAAGAGUACUGCAGCUAAGCACAAUGCGC